AUGGACACCCCAACGAUGUCAUCGCUUCGCACCAUGAUCUACUCAGCAAUGUUCUUGGAAGUCGUCGGAGUUGGAGACGGCGGUGUUGCUGAUGAGGACGUCCUGGGCGUUCUCGACGUGGAUGCCGUCGGUGUGGGGGCACAGCGUCGGGGAGCUAAUGGACAGGCCGCUGACGAGCACGCCGCGGCAGAGCUUCCUGAAGUCAUCAGUGUCCAUCUAAGCAGAAGCUGCAGAGCGACAACCACUCGUAGCUGGGACUUCCUUGGGAUGAACUACCAAAUGCCCAGUGGACUACUCCAUAGAAGCAGAUACGGAGAGGACAUAAUCAUUGGGGUCGUCGACACCGGUAUCUGGCCAGAGUCGAAAAGCUUCAGCGACCGAGGCUACGGGCCCGUGCCUUCACGAUGGAAAGGCGUGUGCCAAGUCGGGGAGGCCUGGGACCGCAGCAACUGCAGCCGCAAGAUCAUCGGCGCGCGGUUCUACAGCGCCGGCCUGCCCGAAGAGAUACUGAAGACCGACUACCUGUCGCCCCGGGGCAUCGACACCCACGGCACGCACACGGCCUCCACCGCGGCAGGUACGGUCGUUGAGGCGGCCAGCUUCCACGGGCUCGCCGCGGGCGCUGCGCGUGGCGGCGCGCCCCGCGCCCGCAUUGCCAUGUACAAGUCCCUGUGGGGAGAAGGCGGGUCUGGCACCAGUGCAGGCGUGCUCGCGGCCAUCGACGACGCCAUCCAUGACGGGGUGGACGUGCUCUCGCUGUCGCUCGCUCAUCCCGAGGAGAAUUCGUUCGGCGCCCUGCAUGCCGUCCAAAUGGGGAUCACCGUCGUGUACGCGGCCGGGAACGACGGGCCUAGUCCGCAGACGCUUGAGAACACGGCUCCGUGGGUCAUCACAGUUGCCGCGAGCAAGACUGAUCGCUCGUUCCCGACGGUUAUCACGCUGGGAAACAAGCAACAGAUAACGGGACAAUCUCUCUAUUACCAAGGGAAGAACUCAAACUCAUCCAGGAGCAGUUUCAGAAGUCUUGCCAAUGGAGACCUAUGCACGCAAGAUGAUUUGAACGGUACUGAUAUUGAAGGGAAAAUCGUGCUUUGCGCAACGCAACAUUCACCAACGACGAAGGGCCCAUUCGCGUAUUUGUCAGACGCGAGGCAAAACGUCGUGAAUGGAGGGGGAACUGGACUUAUUUUUGUUCAAUACACGACUGACAUUCUGGAAGACUCGGAUGGCUUUCCAUAUGUUUUGGUGGACAUUGACACUGGUAAAAACAUCAAAAAGUACAUCGACUCCGCCAGCUCACCGGUGGCGAAGAUUGAACCAGCCCGCACCAGUACAGGUGCCCUGCUAGCCCCAAAAGUGGCAUCAUUCUCCUCCAGAGGUCCAUCACCCGACUACGCUGAUAUUAUCAAGCCUGACAUAGCUGCACCUGGAGCCAACAUCCUAGCAGCAACAGGAAAUUCUUACGGGAUUAUGUCAGGGACAUCAAUGGCUACCCCACAUGUAGCUGGCAUCAUCGCGCUGUUGAAAGCUCUGCAUCCAAACUGGUCUCCUGCUGCACUGAAAUCUGCAAUCAUCACCACUGCAUCUGUAACUGAUGAAGAUGGCAUGCCAAUACUGGCUGAAGGAUUGCCUCGAAAGAUUGCCGACCCAUUUGACUAUGGAGGUGGGCACAUCAACCCUAACAGAGCCGCAGAUCCUGGACUGAUUUAUGACAUCAAUCCAAAAGAUUACAACUACUUCCUUGAUUGCACCAUCAAAACAUCUGUUAGCUGCAAUGCAACAUCGACACCUGGGUAUCUCUUGAACCUGCCAUCCAUCUCAGCUCCAGAUCUGAGGUAUCCAGUUACCAUGUGGAGAACUGUCACAAAUGUAGGCGAGGUCAAUGCAGUGUACCAUGUUGCAAUUGAGAACCCGGCUGGAAUCAAGAUCGAAGUUGAGCCAUCUGUUCUUGUGUUCAACGCUGCAAAAAAAGUUCACACAUUUCAAGUCAAGCUAUCACCUCUGCGGAGGUUACAAGGGGAUUAUACAUUUGGAAGCCUUACUUGGUACAAUAACCAAAAGAAGGUUAGGAUUCCAAUAGCAGCCCGGAUCACGAUUGAUUUUCCUAAGAGCGGCAAUGCUACAUGUAUUUACCUCUGUUUCGUUUUGCAUGCUGAAGCAUCUGUAAUUGAUGAAGAUGGCAUGCCGAUACUGAAUGAAGGAUUGCCUCGAAACAUUGCCGACCCAUUUGACUAUGGAGGUGGGCACAUCAACCCUAACAGAGCUGCAGAUCCUGGUCUAAUUUAUGACAUCAAUCCAAAAGAUUACAACUACUUCCUUGAUUGCACCACCAAAACAUCCGUUAACUGCAAUGCAAAAUCGAUACCAGGGUAUUUUUUGAACCUGCCAUCCAUCUCAGCUCCAGAUCUGAGGUAUCCAGUUACUGUGUGGAGAACUGUCACAAAUGUAGGCGAGGUCAAUGUAGUGUACCAUGUUGCAAUUCAGAACCCAUCUAGAAUCAAGAUCGAAGUUGAGCCAUCUAUUCUUGUGUUCAAUGCUACAAACAAAGUCCACACUUUUCAGGUCAAGCUAUCACCUAUGCGGAGGUUACAAGGAGAUUAUACAUUUGGAAGCCUUACUUGGUACAAUAACCAAAAGACAUUUCGAAUUCCAAUAGCGGCCCGGAUCACGGUGUAUGAUUUCUUUGCAGAUCUGUAA